AUGGCACUAAUGAAUAUCAAGGACGCUCAGCGAUUGGCUGAUGACAUCGGUGGUGGCUGGAAAACAAACACCGAUCCCACUGAGAGACGUCGAAUUCAAAACCGGUUGAAUCAAAGAGCCUAUAAACUGCGGAAAAGACAGAUUAGACAGCGCGAGCUCAUAGAAUCCAGUCCUCGGGUGCAAUUAUGCGACACUGGAUUUGGAAUGUUAGUUCCGUCCAGUGCAGCUGAUGCACGGCCGGUCCAACAUUCAUUUGAUUUGCCCCUCACUGUCGAUCACCUGCUAUCAUUGAUCCACUUCAACGUCUGGCGUGCACUUCUUACCAACAGUGGCAGCAUGAGACUCUCCCAUGUUUUCUCAACAUGCCCAUCGGCAAAAGGCUACUUCACACCAUCGCUGUUUCCUUCAGAAAUCCCACCAUCUCUGCGUCCAACAAGCUUACAGCUUAGCGUUCCACACGAGCCGUCUAUUGAUUUUUUUCCUCUUCCUCGAUUACGGGAUAAUCUUAUCCUAAUGGGGAGUAACUUAUUCACAAUGGGUAGCUUUUGUCGAGAUAUGCUUGGGACCUUGUUCCAGAACCACGGUAUUGAUAACAGUGACCGCAAGGGCUUGAUUGUAUGGGGUGAUCCGUGGGAUGUCAAUUCUUGGGAAUGUACGCCAGGCUUUUUGAUGGAAUGGGGCUGGUUGCUGGAAGGGUGUGAUGAGUUACUAUACUCAACUAACCGAUGGAGAAUCUCUCGUGGAGAAGAGCCAAUACUUGCCCAAGUCGGGGCUUCGCUCUCAGCUAGCUAUAGAGAGAAACAAACCAUCGUAGUUGGUCCAGUCAGUUAA